AUGGGUGGCUCCUCUCCUCUCCCCCUCAGUUUGCAGAGCAAGUUCCAGCGAGCUCGAGCUGGUCAUUUGGCUCGCCUGAGGGACUACCAGGGCAAUUUCAACAUACUCCGCAAUAUAAUCUUCAUCUUCUUCGUCCUCCGCAUCCUCCGGCGGUCCUUCUAUUUCCUCCGUGGCCAUGGGCUGCUCGGUUCCCUCGCUCUCCUUUACCACACCACCCACAAAACUCUGUACAAAAUCUUCCUAAACCUGCCUGGUGUACGGUCGAAAGUCUCCAAGCAACUUGACGCCGCGCGGAAAGAUCUCGAAGAUAAACUCGUCCCAACCGGCCCCGGCGUCAACCGGUACUUGCAUCUCCCAAAGGAGCCAUGGACCAAGGAUCAAUUACAUGGCGAGUUGGAGACCUUGGCGGCUAUGAAACGCACCCGGUGGGAAGAAGGCAAAGUCUCGGGCGCAGUCUACCACGGCGAACAAGAGCUGUUGGACAUACAGUUCCAGGCCAUGCGUUUCUUCAGCGUGGCCAACCCCAUCCACGCCGAUGUGUUCCCCGCCGUCCGCAAGAUGGAAGCUGAAAUCGUGGCAAUGGUGCUCGCCAUGUUCAAUGCCCCCAACACUGGUGCUGGAGUGACUACCUCCGGAGGCACUGAGUCGAUCUUGAUGGCCUGCCUAUCAGCACGGCAGAAGGGCUAUGCAGAGAGAGGGAUCACGGAACCGGAAAUGAUCAUUCCACAUACCGCCCACGCGGCGUUCCACAAGGCAGCAUCGUAUUUCAAAAUCAAGCUACAUGUUGUUCGCUGUCCAGCGCCCGACUAUAUGGUCGACAUAUCCCGCGUUCGCCGCCUGAUCAACCCCAACACAAUCCUCCUCGUGGGCAGUGCCCCGAACUACCCACACGGGGUCGUGGACAACAUUCCUGCCCUCUCAAAACUUGCAGUGGCAUAUAAAAUCCCCUUACACGUGGACUGCUGUUUGGGGUCAUUUCUCAUGCCGCACCUCUCCAAAGCCGGAUUUCCUUCACCAUUCGCUGAUGAAGGAGGAUUCGAUUUCCGUCUCCCAGGUGUAACAUCAAUCUCGGUGGAUACGCACAAGUACGGCUUCGCACCCAAGGGAAACUCGUGUGUUUUAUACAGAAACAGACAGCUGCGCGAAUAUCAAUACUUCAUAAGUCCCGACUGGUCAGGUGGCGUCUACGGGAGUCCCUCCAUAGCUGGCUCACGGCCUGGAGCGCUGAUAGCUGGAUGCUGGGCCAGUAUGAUGGCUGUGGGUGAGAAGGGGUAUAUUGACGCCACGAACAAAAUCGUCACCACGAAACAAACAAUUGAAAACGCCGUGAAGGAACAUCCUAUCCUGAAAUCAGCAUUGGGGAUACUGGGUAAACCCAUGGUUAGCGUGGUGGCGUUUGAAUCCCUUGACCCGCAAAUAUCAAUCUACGACAUCGCCGACGCAAUGUCCAAGAGGCAUUGGCAUCUCAACUCGCUCCAAGAUCCCCCGGGAGUCCAUGUCGCAGUGACCUUGCCCAUGACAAAACCCGGAGCCGUGGACGGAUUGAUUGAUGAUCUCAUUGCGGUGGUCAAGGAAGAAAAGGAGAAGAUUGUGAGUCAACAGGUCACCAGCAGUGGAGUUGUUGGGGGUGCAGUGGUGAAGAAGGACAAGGCCAAAGGAACCAGUGCGCAACUAUACGGCGUUGCAGGGAGCCUGCCUGACAAGAGCAUCGUGGAGAAGAUCGUCGUGGCAUAUUUGGAUACGCUGUACAAGGCCUGA